GUUAACUUUACCAAGUCAGCUCAAAAAGGUUGUACAGUUUAUUUAGUGUUAUACACGAAUUUCCAACAGUUAUCGCAUACACAGACACACACACAAAUAUAUCUCUAUAUCUAUAUAUACAUAUAUAUAUAAAUAUAAAUAUAUAUAUCAUUCUUCCCUCCUCCCCUUGUAUUUGCUGUCGAAAGGUCUCCCCAUCUAUCGUCUGUGCUAGUACUACAGAAUAACAUGACUUACUAUUAGUCUCCUACCUGUUUAAAGAUGUUGAAACACCGGCUCAGUUUACUUUUGUCUAGGGGUGAGCGUGGGCUGUACUUUCCAAUUAAUCAUCGCAUUGUGGAUCGGCGAAUCGAGCCAUCUGCUGUGGAGGAGGCAAAUGUUCAGUCGCGUUACCGCCGCGAGCUUCGGACUAGUUUUAUGACCGGCGAGACGCGCCAGACUGAAACACCGGGAUGGAGUCGACGCAUACCACCUACCCACUUUAUCUCGUUGCGGUUACCACCAAGAAACGCCCUCACUGGACGGGUAGAGGCGAUGCGGGGUUCGAUUCUGUUCACGCACUCCCACAUGGAGCCACUAUUUAUCCCCAUUCCGAGAUUACACGUCACGUUGUGCGUCAUGAGCAUUGAUCCAAAACACAAAGAUGAUCUGCUUAGGGUGGUGGGUGAGAUUCUGCACGAGGCGUGUCUGUCCGUCCCUAGAAAUCCACUACGACUGAGGUUUCGUGGUCUAGGCACUUUUGGACAGGGCCGGGUGCUCUUUGCGCGGUGUAUCACUGAGGGCGACUUCACGAGCCUUGAUGCGCUGGUGCAGCGCAUCCGCAGGGAGCUCGGCGUGGGGCUCCGCAUUGACAUCAAAGGAAAUCCCUUUGAUACGUAUGUGCCACACUUGACGAUAGCCAAGAUUAGACCAAGCCACAUACCGGAAUUCGGAAAUAAAAUUCCUAUCACUGUUUGGUCGAAAUACCAGCAUCACGACUUUGGUGACGUUACUUUUAACACAGUGGACUUGUGCAGCAUGACUGGUUAUGCUGAGGAUGGUUAUUACAACGUAAUCUCCUCCUCCAAUCUUGGAUCUAGGACUGCAGUGUCGUCGUGA